UGACAAAUUAACUUCCUGUUCGGGAUUUGCGGAAGCUCUAUCGAAAAGGCAAUUUUAUCUCAUUGUUAUAGCAGUCGUGGUUACAAAAUGUGAUGUAUAUUGUUUUUAGAGUCACUAUGUAUGCAACUGCCAUGAGGCAGUUGUCUGAAUUACAACAUAAAUAUACACAAUUUGUGCGAAGUUGAAGGUCAUGUUGGCUUAUUCACUUCUGUAGAAUAUUUAUGCAAAAAGAAACAAUAAGUCAUCAUGGUUUCAUGAACUUGUCAAUUAAGGAUCAAUAAUAAACAUCAGGAAUGUUUCCUCCAAGUCUUCCUGAAAACUUCAACGCACAAGAGUGGAAGGGUAUUUUUGUCCAAGCUCUUGAAAAUGUUCUGCACCAAGUCCACCCCUCACUGAUUGCAAAAGAGGAUGCCUUAGAGUACAUAGAGAGCCUGAUCAUCAGUCUGCUGGGCACGCUGUGUGCCUGCCAGCCCCACUCCGUACAGGACGUGACCGAGAGGGUCAACAAGACAUUCCCCGACCCCAUUGACAAGUGGGCCAACAGGGACGCGAACACAGCUCUGGAGAAGGGCAAAAAGAAUUCCAACAUCGUUCUUCCUGUGGACAAAAUCCAUCAAGCUCUUGUUAAGGAUGUCCUUGGAUACAAAAUCGAGUAUAAUGCCUCACUGUACAUUGUGGCUGUGCUGGAGUAUAUUGCUGCUGACAUUCUCAAGCUGACUGGUAAUUACGUGAGGAAUAUCAAACACACAGAGAUCACAUAUCAGGAUAUCAAAGUGGCAAUAUGUGCAGAUCAGGUGUUGAUGGACAUGUUUUCCUCAGAGGAGGACGUCUCACUACCCCUGGUGGAGGAACCCAUUGGCUUGAGGACCGAGGCCCAGUCAUAUGAGGACAUCGUCAAAGACUUCAUCUUUGAGGAGACUCAGUAUAUGAGGGACCUUAGUCAAAUCAUCAAAGUGUUUAGGGCUCCAUUUGUCAAGCAUUUCCCAACUAGCAAGGAUUUAGAGAUAAUAUUCAGCAAUAUUUUGGACAUCUAUGAAUUCACUGCUAAUCUGCUGAGCUCUGUGGAAGAACAAAUGGAGGUUGCUGCUGAGAAUGAGACUCUGACAGUGGGCAUCUGCUUCCUGGACAUGGCAGAGGAGGAGGAGUUCAGUGUGUAUGAGAAGUACGUGGAUGACAUGUUGUCUCCCCGGGGGAAGGAACGACUGUACACUCUGAUGCAGAGAAGUGAUCUCAACCAAACUCUGGAGGAUGAGGGUCAUGGUUUUAAAGAUGCUGUUAAAUAUGUCUUGCCGAAGCUGUUACUAGGGCCAAUAUACCAUUGCCUCCACUAUUUUGAAGUCAUUAAAGGAUUAACAAAUGUGAGUCAAAAUGAAGAUUCAGAGUUCCUAGAACAGGCCAAUGGGUUGUUAGCAUCUCUUCGUUCUGUGUUGGAGAGCAAGAUCAAAAAUGGCAAUCUUCCCAGAACAAAACCCUGGGAAACUUCCUUGCGGUUACAGGGCAGAACAGGAAGACAACAGGUUGUGCAAAAAAUGUCAGAACUUCAAAAAAGUAUAGAUGGUUGGGAGGGCAAGGAUAUUUGGCAGAGCUGCAGUGAAUUUAUCCUAGAUGGGGUCCUAAUGAAACAUGCGAAAGGGAAGCCGACAGAGAGGCACGUGUUCUUGUUUGAUGGCCUGAUCAUUCUGUGUAAGCCAAAUAUCAAGAGGUCCUCUGUAACGUACCCCACGGGGGACUUCAAACUGAAGGAAAAGUUUCACAUCCGCAAAGUGGAGAUCAAGGACAAAGAUGACACAGAGGAACUUAAAAACUGGUUUGUGAUAGUACCCAGGGAUCACCCCAACAACAGUGUCAGCUUGUCGGCUAAGUCUGCGGAGGAGAAGAGUAAUUGGAUGGCUGCCCUCAUCUCACUACAGACCCGGAGUAUGUUGGAGAGACGGUUAGACAGCAUAUUGAAGGAAGAGGAGAGGGACAGGCCACUGAUCCUACCUCCACCUGAGACCUACAGGUUUGCAAAGAAGGACAGUCCAGACAACAUAGUAAUGGAGGAGACAGGGACCUCUCCGACAGAGAUCCCGCUAAUUAAGGGCGGCACGCUACUGAAGCUGAUUGAGCGGCUGACGUACCAUAUGUACGCCGACCCCAAGUUUGUAAAAACGUUCCUGACCACAUUCAGGUCCUUCUGCACUCCCUCGCAGCUGCUGGAUCUACUUAUUGAAAGGUUCAAUAUCCCCGAUCCUCCAGAAAACUUGAAGGUGGACCUAAACAAGGAUGCUGACACUAAUCAGCGUAUCAAAGAUGAUCUCAAGAAGUUCCGCAAGGAAUACAUUAAACCUGUGCAAUUUAGGGUUGUAAACGUGCUACGGCACUGGGUGGAUCACCACUACUAUGACUUUGAGAGAGACCAAUCUCUUUUACACACGUUGAACACUUUCCUAAAAAAUGUCAAGGGCAAAGCAAUGAAGAAAAUGGCAGAGUCUAUUCUUAAAGUCAUUCGUAGACGAUUUGAGAGUGUGAGUACAGAAAGGGACAUUAUUCAUGCCAAACCAGCUCCUCCCAUAGAAUGGCACCAUACUAAGGACAAGGAUCAGUUUGAUCUCAUGACGCUUCAUCCUAUUGAGAUUGCCAGACAAGUGACGCUGCUGGAGUUCGACCUGUACCGAGCGGUCCAGCCGUCAGAACUUGUGGGGUGUACGUGGAUGAAGGAGAAUAAGAGUACCUCCUCACCCAAUCUUCUCAAGAUGAUCAGUUUUACUAAUAAUUUUAUAUGCUGGCUUGAGAAGUGUAUAAUAGAGACAGAGAACUUUGAAGAGAGAGUGUCUGUUGUUAAUAGGACUAUGGAAAUUAUGUUAGUGUUUCAGGAACUGAACAAUUUUAACGGUGUUUUAGAAAUUGUUAGUGCAAUAAAUUCUGCGUCUGUUUUCAGACUGGAACAUACAUUAGAUAAAGUAAGUUACAGGAAGCAGUUUGAAGAUGCCAAAGAGCUUAAUGCAGACCAUUUUAAGAAAUAUAUAGAAAAACUGCGAUCCAUUAAUCCCCCAUGUGUUCCAUUUUUAGGCAUGUAUUUAACAAACAUAUUAUUAACGGAAGAGGGCAAUCCAGAUCAUCUGCAAAACAGACCAGACAUAAUAAAUUUUAGCAAGCGGCGGAAAGUGGCUGAAAUAACAGGCGAGAUUCAACAAUACCAGAACCAGCCCUACUGUCUGACAGUGGAGCAGGAAAUCAGGGAAUUCUUUGAGAACCUGAAUCCUCUGGGAAACAUGACAGAAAAAGAGUUCAAUGAUCAUUUAUAUGAGAGUUCAUUAAAGAUUGAACCCCGAGGGAUGCUACGGCCCCAAAAGUUUCCUAAGAGGUUUGAAUAUUCUCUGAAGUCUCCGGGCAUUAAGCCAAACUCUCUGAGAACUUCCACCAGGGGUCACUUCUUUCCAACGCUGUUACCGACGGGCACCGGCACUGGUGGCUACAAGAUCCUGAACGACACGGAGGAUGUCGAUCCACAGUCCCCUCUACAGACUCCGCCUCCCUGCUCACCCACGGACGUGUUUGAACCCGCCUCUCCCACAAAGCCCGGCAGUUCAGAUUACAAGUCAAAUGAUCCUAGUCAAUUCUCUGCGAUACCACCUCUUCAGCCUCCUCCAAAGACACAAGGAAAAUGCAAAAACUUUCAAUCUCCCCCUCCUCUUCCUCCGCGUAUGAAGACUGGAAGAGAUUCAGACCCUCCCAUUCCCCCGCGAAAUAUUCCUCCCCCCGUGCCCCCAAGACACGAUUCCCAGUCAAGCCUGCAUUUUCGACCUCCUAGUGCUACACUCCCCCGGACGAGUCACCGGACUCCUAGCCAGCCGGAAUUCCACCAUGUUAAUGGGAACAGGGACAGUGACGAGGGUAUCCCAAAGCUACCCCCUAAAACAUAUAGGUCGGCUCAUCACACGAGACAGAAAAGCAGCUAGGGCAAUAACAGUGUUCCUUUUUUCUCCCUCUUCUCCUCCUAUCCCCACAGCAAUAUUACAUGUAUUUUAUUGUUCACCAAAGAAUGAUUUCGUGUGGGAGUCAUUCCAGAGAUUCUCUAAGAAAUCUGUGCAUGGCAGUGCCUUCAUUUUUCGAAAGAGGAUGAAAAGAGAAAAGUUUGUUUUGUUUUUUUUCAAGGCAUUAUGUAUCACAAAGUCAAUUCCAAAGUCUUUGGUUUCAUGGAUUAUCUGUCGCAAAGUCGUCAAGAGGUGGAUGUUUUUUCCAAAAAUAUUUUUCACCCUGAAAUGGUUUCCAAAAAGUGAAAUUCAUGGUUCAUGUGUUGUUCAAUUUCAGAUACGGUAACUAACAUGUAUUUGGUGCAAAUUCAUUGUGUUUGAAAACAAAAGAAUUCAUUGUAGUGAUUUAUCAAAAUUUGUUGAUGUCAUUUUAAAAAUUGCCUUCCAAAGGAAAUUCACUUGCUCACUUGGAACUUGUCAUAGUAGAAGUGCUCAAAAGGAUUCAGAAUUUUCGUCAGGAAAACUGCAGGCAGAGUUUGAUUAUAUUUUUCGGCUGUGCAUCGGAACAGAAGGCCUUUCCUGUGAUUUGAACAAAUAGCCAAGCAUGCGCUGUUAAAGAAAAGGGAUUGUGUGAAUUCAUUGGAAUCUAUGGAGCAGUUAGCUGAUAUUAUCCUAGGUCUUUUAAAGUGCCAAUAUAGUGUUGAUGCCUAUCCGAAUUGGAGGUCUUGGAUACGGUGAUAACUCGUAAAAAAGGUUUGAAUAAACCAUGUUGGUCAUGUGAUACAGAUUUGUGGUUUUUUUUUCUAGUGCUAUUAAUGUACUGAACAGAUAGCUAUUGAUGUUGAACAUUGUUGAAUUUUGCAAUGAAUUUGCCAAAGAAUACAAAAAAAAAUAUUAAUUCUGUUGUUUUCAUUGUUGCUUGAUUAAAAGACAUGUUUCAGAGUCGUUCAGAUUUUGAAGAUUCAGUGAUGUCAACCUUAUAACCUAUGAUGAAUUUGUUUUAUUCAUGUUAAAUGUGAUCAACAAAUGACCUUUCCAUUGGGAGGAGUUUAGCUGAUAAGGGUUGUUAAAUCUAUGCCAUAUUUCACAAUGCUGAUUUGUGAAGAUUAAUUUUUUUUUCCUUCAACAACUACAGUGUAAGGAUAUACUCAUACUUGUAUAGCAAGAAGCUGAAUUUCAAUGUUAUAUUUGUACAUGCUUUAACGUUUUACAACUUUAUUUUAGAAUGACUUGUUAAUUAAGUGCGAACAAUUUUUAAAAAUAUUUUUUUUUCUUUUUCAUGAACAUAAGUUUCGCAGUUAUGAUUUAAUUUGUUUGCAAUUACGUGUAUUUCAAUUUUUCAACAAUUAUGGAACUUCAAAGAAAAGAUUUUUAUUUCUUUUAGAUAAUGACUUUAAUUUCCAUGCACCAUCAGUACAUGCCAUGAUGGGUUCAAGUAUUCUUAAUGUAAUGGAAUCAAAACAGGUUAAGUGCUGUUGAUAUUCUACAAUUUUGACAACUACAAAUUCUGCAAUUUAUAGAAUGAGUGUGUGCUUGCAUACAAACUUACAUGUAUUAGUGAAGCUUGAGGGUAUGUGAUUUUACAUUACAAUGUUGCUUUAAUGAAAUCUGAGAUUUCUUGUUGAUCGAUAAUAUUUCGAUGCAUAUGUCAUUUUUCCUCUGCCAAAUCUCUUUGAGUCCAGUUAACCAAAUAAAUACCAGUAUAAAUCGUAUAUAUUGCAGGUAGAAAAAGGCUAGUGGUAUUGUGUAUUAAUUUUUUUUAGCCUUUUCUUACCAGUACAUGGAAUUUAUACAUGUGAUUUAUAAGAUUACAGAUUAUCAGUGCAGACUGUAAGCUCGGCUUGGAGUUGUUUUAAGACCAGAGCUUUCAGAUUCAUUUUAUACACAUGUACUUUACAAAAUGAUCAUUGAUGGCAAUUGUAUUGUGAUUUAUGGCAAAGAAAUGAACUGUCCUGCAUCAGUAUUAAAUGUGUUCUCUCAUGGAAAAAUAAACAUAAAAGAAGCUUAAAA